AUGUAUAAAGACACGUACAGAAACACGUUUCUGGUUGACGUCCUGGAACUGUUUGGUUGGAUUAAAGUUCCUCAUAAUUUUGUGCCGCAGGUGGCCCAUCAAGAACAGAAUGAGCUGAGUGGUGAGACUGCCGACUCACAGAAGUCACAGCUAGACGAUCUAGAAAAGGGUAGCUCGCCUCGUGGGUCCCAAGAAAUACAAGGCUCGCUCCCGCUCCCGAGCACUGGAGCUGUCGGAGACGAAAAGGCUGUGGAGGGCGAGGAGCAAGCACAAGAUGGGACCUCUGGCUCGACGGCUUCGUCUGAUUCGCCAGAUCCGUUCCUGGUCGAUUGGAACGGGCCGAAUGACCCUGAACACCCUUUUAACUGGUCCAAGGGCAAAAAAGCGCUUGUCGUGAUCGAAAUCAUGAUUCUAACGUGCGUCACCUACAUGGGCGCCUCCAUCUACACGCCGGGCCAAGACUAUAUCCAAGAGGAGUUCGGCGUGGGUCACGUGGUGGGGACUCUUAGCCUGUCGAUGUACGUGUUGGGCUACGGUCUGGGGCCCAUGAUAUUCUCUCCGCUAUCAGAAGUGGCCAGCAUCGGUCGCCAACAGAUCUACAUCAUAACUUUGUUUUUCUUCAUGAUUUUCCAAAUCGGUGCUGCCACGGUUCGUAACAUUGGUGGCCUGAUCGUGAUCCGUUUUAUUUCGGGAGUUUUGUGCUCGCCCUCGUUGGCUACUGGUGCUGGUAGUAUGGGUGAUUUUAUUGACCCUCAAAUGGUUCCCAUCUUCAUUGGUUUGUGGGCCGUUGGUGCUGUUGCAGCUCCUGUGCUGGCUCCAUUGUUGGGUGCCGCUAUGACCGUGGCUGAAAACUGGAGAUUUAUCUUUUGGCUACUGAUGUGGCUGGCCGCGGCUACUCUAAUUCUGCUGGUUAUCUUUUUCCCAGAAACUCAACACAACAAUAUUCUACACCGUCGUGCCGUGAGAAUCAGAAAGGAAACCGGUGACUCUCGCUAUUAUACCAAGCAAGAGCGUAUUGACGCACAAGUUCACAUCAAGGACUUUGCUAUUGACACCUUAUACAGACCCUUUGCCAUCAUCGCUCAGGAACCCAUUGUGCUCGCUUUUGACAUCUACAUUGCCCUAUGUUACGGUGCUUUUUACUUGUUUUUCGAGGCCUUCCCAAUUGUGUUCGUUGGAAUUUACAACUUCACUCUAGUAGAGGUUGGGCUGGCCUACUUGGGAUUCUGUGUCGGUUGUGUCAUUGCUUACAUUGUGCUGCUGAUCUUCUUAGCCAAAGUGAUCGGGCCAAAGUUCCAAAAUAACACUUUCACUCCGGAGGCCUUUUUGUUGCUGGCCAUGGGUGUUUGUUGGUCUUUGCCCCUCUCAUUAUUCCUCUUUGGUUGGGCGGCUGGAACUCAUUGGAUCGUGCCCAUGAUUGCUCAAAUUUUCUUCGUGUUGUGCGUGUUCAACUUAUUCCAGGCCACAUUUGCCUAUCUAGCUAUCUGUUAUCCUCGUUACUUGGCGUCGGUGUUUGCAGGAAACGGUUUCACACGUGCUGUAUUCGCCUGUGCCUUCCCAUUGUUCGGUAGAGCCAUGUACUUGAACUUGGGUUCCGAAAAGUACCCAGUUGGUUGGGGUUCUUCUUUGAUUGGAUUUUUCUGUAUCGCGUUGGCAGCCAUUCCAUUCGUGUUUUACAAAUAUGGACCCAGCCUAAGAGGGAGAUCUGCAUAUGCCAACUAA